UUCCCAACAUCAAUGCAUCACGCGCACGCGCUAUUUCAUCCGUAAUUGAACACCGGUAAUAUUGACGCCUGGCUCGAUUCGUCAGAUACAUUGAUGUUCUUACUCGGAGCGGUGCGUCAGGCGCCUUCCCGUCAGGCACGUACAUAACCCUCACCUAGGUCAACCCUACUUAUAGUUCGAUGCAUAAAUCAUUUCCGUUUCUUGCCUCUCUCACUUGCUAUCGAGUUGCCUCUGGUGUGUAUAGGCACUACCAUGUACUUCCUCCCUUGGGUGUCGUUGUUUUUCAGCAUCCUUUGGGCCUCCGCGGUAGCUGCCAUUCCGUCACCCACUUAUAAGAGGGCUUCCAGUCCCUUUGUGAGCACCAGUGGCCCUGACUUUAUGGUGAACGGGAGUUUAUUGAAGUACAUCGGUACUAACGCUUAUUGGCUACCUACGCUAAACACGAACGAAGAUAUAUGGAACACGCUUGGGAACGUAUCAGCUCUCGGCAUCAAGGUCAUCAGGUUGUGGGCAUUCAAUGAUGUGGACACCAUUCCCGUGAAUGGCACUUGGUUCCAGCUUAUCAAGGAUGGCACCGUUUCCGUCAACGAUGGGCCGAACGGCCUCCAGAAGCUUGACACUGUCAUUCAAAUGGCCGAGCAGCGAGGCCUAUACGUCAUUCUAUCUCUUACGAACAACUGGGACCCUUUCGCGAACGCGACUGCCGUCACGAACAGCUCCAUUCCUCGCAAUUAUCUAUCCAACAAUUACGGUGGCAUGGAUCUAUAUGUUCAACAAUUCGGCCUCCAAACUCAUGACCAGUUCUAUACCAACCCGUCAAUAUUAACGUCUUUCAUGAAUUACACAACGCAAGUGGUCUCCCGCUACGUGAAUAGUCCAUCGGUCUUCAGUUAUGAAUUGGCGAAUGACCCCAGAUGCAACUCUACAUUUCCAGCAUCUCCUAACUGCACGACUGAAACGAUCACGACCUGGCAUGCGACGGUAGCUGCGCACAUCCGCAGCAUUGAUCCAAACCACCUCAUCUCUUCGGGUGUCGGAGGAUAUAUGUGUACAGAUUGUCCGAAAUUAUACCCUCUGACCCCAUCGCCAGCACCUCCUGCCCCAUCACCGGCUCUUGGAAAAAAGAAGCGCAGUCAAGGAAAACCCGUAACCAAGGAGCAAAUCCUUCGAGAACGAUCUGAGAGGAGACGCCGCAACAGGGAAACUGCGAAACGCGCGGGGACUCUGGUGGAAGACGGCGUGCGAAUAAGAGGGCGGUGGGUUUCAACAGCUACCAAGAGGCAACAGACUUCGACUACGGGGUCAUUGUAUGACGGUGCAUACGGCGUCGACAGUCAAGACAUCUCGAACAUUCCAGAUAUUGGGUUCUCUUCCUUCCAGUUAUUCCCCGAUCAGCAAUCAUAUGGUCCUGAUGACUCGAACGUUGCGCCUUGGCAAAGUGUAGAGCAAAACGGUGCCCAGUGGAUCACCAAUCAGGCCCAAAGUGCUUCUGCCGUCGGGAAACCUGCGGUACUCACUGGCUUUGGUCUAGUCACGCAAACCAAUGCUCCUUACUUCGUGCCAUUUAACUCUACGGUUGCUCCAUUUGCUACCGAUGGUGAUAAGCCUUCUGCGACAAAAAAUUCCACGGGCUAUGGUGUGACCAGCCAAGAGCAAGCAAGUACUUACACGUCAUGGAUUAAUACUGGUAUUGCUGCGGGACUCAACGGCAUAGUCCAGUACCAGUGGGGUCAGACCAACCUUACAGCUGAACCUGGUACUACCAUUAGCCCCUCUACUACCACUGGACAAUCGCCUACGCCGAGUAGCCCAGGAGAGGCACCCACUCCCCAAGAAACCACUGGCGAGUCCCCCAAUGAUGGUUACUCUAUUACUGGCUCCACUACUGAUCAACAAAUCCUUGGGAGCGCGUCCCAGUCCAUUGCCGCGGACUGAAAGACACUUGACCUCAUAUUUGAAUGAAUGCUAUAUAACUUGCUCUCGGAAUCAGUGGACAUGUAUCACAUUGUUGUACAAUCUGGUGAUGAGAUCACGUUACCCUUCUUGGACAUCUGUGCGGACUUCUGGUACAAUUGUUUUUACAAAUGUGUA